AUGUCUACUUAUUCCGGUAAAUUUCAGUACGACGACCUGUCAGAGACUGAUUCGAUUCGACUUUUAAUCCUCCACCCAGGCACAUUAGGGUCCCCAAUUCAAAGCGAUCUUAUACACACAACAUUACGUGAAUGUCGCUGCGAAAUUCAUGGGAAUUACACGGCUCUUUCCUAUGUUUGGGGCGAUGCCAAUGAUACAACCUACAUUUUUGUUGAUGGAUUUCAAUUUGCUGUUACCGUGAAUCUCGCCGCAGCUUUACAUGAUUUACGGGAUGAGAAGCGACAACUACGGUUAUGGGCCGAUGCUGUUUGCAUCAACCAGACGAACAACGUCGAACGUAGCCAGCAAGUUGGCUUGAUGAAAGAAGUAUAUAGCUAUGCGCAGACCACAGAGAUCUAUUUAGGAGCUUUGGUAGAGCAGACGAAGAGUUUAUUUGAGCUCAUGAACCAACUAGAUCCGGACAGAACUAAGCUUCUAGAAAUGGACGAUGACGCAAUUAAAGAUAUCGUGUCACGACCAUGGUUCACUAGGUUGGGCGACUGCGAGUUCCUUGGGAUUAUCUCUGCGAGGUUUUGUUGGACAGAUAUAGAGACCCGACAUAAUCACGAUACGCAAAGCUACCGAUUACUGUGGAAUAUGUAUGAGGCAAGGAGAAACUAUCAGAAUUGCUUAAGGUAUGGAGGAAGAGUGAUCUCCCUUCUGGAUGUUCUGAUUUCUCGAAGAGGUUCAAAGGCUUCGGAUUUGAGAGACAUAAUAUACGGCCAUCUGGCUGUCGUGGACCUUCAGCUCAAACGCACAUAUGAGAGAAACAAUGACUCCGUACCAUGGCCAUUAAUUCGCAGCCGGAGCCCACAAAAUUACAUCCCUGUCGUAGAUUAUACUAAGAGUGUGGAUGAUGUUCUCAAUGAAGCCGCCCGUUUUACCUCUUCUUUUCGGUCUAUACAUGGCCUAUUGAAGAUACUGUAUAAUGCAGACGUGAACGCAUCAUACACUCGAAGAAGCAAUCUUCCUUCUUGGGUACCAGACUGGACGCUGGAUACAAGCAGUCUUCAGGGUCUUCCUUGGUUCUUUGACGAGACUGAUAUUCGGAAUAUUUGUGAGGACACGCAAGCUGAAAAAUCGAUAUCAAUAACAAUAAACGGAAUUUCAAGAAGGAUAUUGCAGCUGAACUCCAUACCCGUUUAUCCACAUAUUUUGUCUUUUGUGUAUGACGGUAGUUCUUACGAACUACAAGUCGUUGAAAAGGUAGCCCGAGUAGUAGUAGAAGAUGAGCUGGCAUACGAAUCUGCUAGACAGAAAUUAACUGAAUCUGUCAUAAAUAUGUUCAAGUUGAGGGACGAUUCGGGGAUGCAGCACCAACUUGAACAUAAGGACGUUUUUCGACUGAUUUGUUCUCUUUGGGAAAGCUUGGGAGCAGCAGGUAUAUAUCCGAUUACAUCCGAAGACCUUCCUUGGUAUCCAGAAGAUGCUGUGAUCGGUUAUUUAUCCAAUUUCACGCGAGAUUCGAUGUAUACUUUUGACUCUUUCAAAAGCCCAAGCAAGCCGUAUUCAAACUUUCUCAUCAACAUAAUUAUCAUUGCCUUGAGAGGCAAAGCUAGCCUAGACAUAUUUCGGGGGAUGAAAUUCGCAAGUUUUUACCCUAGUAGGGACGUCGGUGUUGUGCCUCCUGCAACGGAACAAGGUGAUUUCACCCUUACCGAAUUAAGGGGCGAAAAUAGCCAAAACUGCUGUAUGUUUCGACCAAAAGAAGAUGUUAAAAACGAAACAUACAGCAAGGGUAUCCGUGCAGAGAUUGACACCAGAUUCGACGGCUUUUCUACUGUACAACAUUGCACAUAUCUUGGUAAAGCAUGGGUUGACUGUUACUCCACAGCAAAUUUAGCUUUCGUGUAUGGGACAAAAAAUGCCGAACUAUUUCAUGGCGUUGAAGUCAUCGCCAUUCAUUAG